UUCUACCCUAUGUCAUUUCUCUUGCUUGCUUGUUUCACACUAAAACCCACAAAAUGUCACAUUUUGCUGCCCUAACUACUGGAAGACAAAACAAGGCCAAACUCCCCACAACAAGUCUGAGUCAUUCAGCUGCUUUAAAUAACCACUUUUUUUUUCUUGCUAUGUUGUUUCCUCAGGAAUCAGCAAAUCAGGCUUUUCUGUGCUAAACUUUAUGAACCAAUCGUAUCAGAGCUGAUAGAUGUGGCAGAAUGUAGAACAGCCUGGUGUUGGUACGUCUACGCCUGGUCAUUUUCUGCCACUGCAGUAGGCUUGGCUGCUGCAAAUAAGUGGAAGUGCAAAAGCAGAAGUGGAGAUGGCUCUCUUUGCGACCGUGCUCCUUCUCUGUUAUCUGUGUGAAGCAGAGCCCAGUGACGUCUCUCAGCCCGUUUCGGUGCGAACACUGAAGCUCGGAGAAUCGGCGACCAUCGAAUGUUUCUUAAAGAGUGUCAUUUAUAAUAGAGUGUGGUACAAACUGACAGCAGAGAGAAGACUGCAGGUGGUUGCAACUUAUUCUUCUCGCUACAAUUGGAGUGCAGUUGUUGACGAACUGAAACAUCGUUAUUCAGUUAAUUCCAAUGGGAUCAAUAAUCACUUGACCAUAUCAGCAGCGUCUUGGGAUGAUGCUGGAACUUACUUCUGUGGAGUUCUGCGGCUGAAUGACAUUCAGUUUGGGUCAGGAACCUUGUUGAUGCUACAAGGCGUGAAGCUGAACCACUCUGUGGUCCAGCCGCCAAAGUCCCAGCCAGCCGGGUCAGAGGACGCCGUGCCUUUCAGCUGUACUUUCCACGCCACUCAGUGCACGGCAGAGGACACUGGGGUCAUGUGGCUGAAAACCUCUCAGCGUUCCGCGCCAGAAGUCAUUCACGUGUCUCGGAAAGCAGACGACUCCUGUAAGAGGACCGAGCGCGGGGAAACGACCUGCGUGCACAAGCUCCUCGUCAGAGACGUCGACUCCGACGGAGGGGGAACCUACUACUGCGCCGCCACCGUGUGUGGACAGACACAGUUUGGAAAUGUGUCCAUGGUUAUUAACAGUGGCCUGAAUCCAACGGUUGUUGUACUGGCGACGUCAAACAUCAUUUUUGGAAUCACGACUCUCCUCCUGUCCUGGAUGCUUUGUAGAUCCCGGAGGAAAGCUUCUGCUGGGGCCCCUAAAAGAACUUUUGCUGAUCAGACUGCAGAAUCCGUCGUCUAUUCGAGUGUGUCUUCGCCCCACCGAAGCGUCGAUUGCUGAUCGUCCACAGCGACGCACAGCGGUGUGGUUUAUUCUGACACUAGAAGCUGAACAGCAGAACCAUCUUGGACUAAAGACAAAGCAGAAAUACUGAAUAUUGUUGAAUAUAUGUCUUUAAAUAAUGUAUUGUAGUAUAAUGUUAAUAGUGAAGCAUAACUGACCAAGAUAGCAACGGAAAAAUCAAGAAUGUCAUAGAGAUGGUGAUAAUUAAAUAUCUGUUAUGCAUUGACUAGUACAGCAAUCGCUAUGGAAACUCUGAACCUGCUUGAACGUGUGUUGCUGUUGAUGUUUUGUAUCAUGUUUGGGUUCUAACACUAUGAUUUAUUUGUGAAAGUCCUAUAAAGUUUUACCAUUGUUAUCUUAAAGCAUCAGACGAGGACAGUGUGAAAAGCGGCCGUGGAGUUGCAAGGCAAUGUAAGGCUGUGGAGGAGACGGCAUGGAUGGGAAGGAACAGAAAGGGAUAGAGCAUGAGGAGAAGAUUGAGAAUGAACCACACACACACACACACCCACGCACACCCCCCCACACACACACACACACCCCUAUAAAAAAACAUAAAGAAGCAGUGUGGAGGAUUGGGUUUGCAAUACGUCUCAGGUUUUCUGUACCCCAAUAUUUGCUAUAUUUCUUAUAAGCUGAUUGUUCAAUAAACACUUAUUGACAGAUUUGUGUUUAACCUUUUCGUUAAAUACAUACAAACAG